AUGUCUCCCGUUUCUUCUCCAGUAGUUGCUCUCUUCUUUUCCCUUUUCCUUCUCUUACCUGCAGCAGAUGCUUUUAACAUCACUCAAAUCCUCAGCCAGUUCCCCGAUUUCACCACAUUCAACAACUAUUUGAUUCACACCGGAGUUGCGGAUCAAAUCAACAGCGAGCAAACCGUCACUGUCCUUGUCGUCGCCAAUGGUAACAUGUCCGAAGUUUCUGGUCAAUCGCCAGAUGCAAUGAAGAAGACCUUGAGCGUGCAUGUGAUACUAGAUUAUUUCGGUGUAGAAAAGCUCAAGAACCUACAGAAUAAAACAGCAUUAACCCUCACCACGCUUUACCAGCAAAGCGGGCAAGCCCAAAACCAACAAGGUUUCUUGAAUGUGGCUCACGUGGGCAAUGGUGGGGUUGCUUUUGGAUCUGCUGCUGCAGGUUCUAACCUCGACUCCAUCUUUAUUAAACCGGUUGCUUCUCAACCGUAUAACAUUUCAGUACUACAAAUCAGCAAUAUUAUAAACGUACCCUCAAAUUCAACUACCCCAUCUUCCCCUCCUGCGCAAGCACCUGCAAGUUCCCCAAUUACUAAACCACAUCCUCCUGCUGCUUCCCCACCAAGGAAGGUCCUAGCACCAGCUCCAAGUCCUAAGAAAUCUCCACCUGGAAAUGCUUCACCACCACCUGAUGCAGAUUCUCCCGCUUCAUCCCCGCCUAACCCGAGCAAUGCUACUGCACCCUCUGUCGCCAAGCCACCAGCUGCUGAUACUCCUGCAGAAUCAGCAUCUAAUCCAGUCGCAGAUGGACCAGAUUCAGAUGAAGCUGAUAAUAAUAGUUCUUCUGCAUCUGUAACUUCUGGGAAUUAUCUUGCCGCCAUCCUAAUGAUGUUCACUUCAGCUUGGUUCCUGCUUACCAUGAUUUGAUAGAUAGGAAGAAAAGGAAAGCUUGGGUUCUUUUCAUAUUUGAAGUUUUGGGCUAUACUCGCCUACUGUAAUGAGAUGUUCCAGUUUUUCCUAAAGCUGAUAUAUGCAGGCUUUUGUUUCCAACUUUUUUGAGUUGCUAGUGUAGAAGAAAAACUUCAGAAGUGCCUUUUUAAGAAAUAAAUGCCUGGGAAUUAA